UAUCUCCUCUUCUCCAUCUUUCUACUGCUCCUUCUGCCAAAGUACUAUCUAUUUCUUACUUGGCUAGCCAUGGCACCUUCCUUUCCUUUCCUUGCCAUUACGAUGAUGGCUGCAAUGGCUCUGGUAGCCACUGCAUACCCUUACAAACCCUCUGGCUUCGUUCCUGUGCCCCAUGUGGAGAAGGACGGCCAUGUUCAGUACUUGGGUGAAUUCGCGGUAGAAAAGUACAAUGAACAGAAGCAUGCAUACCUGAAGUUCAUUCAAGUGACGGAAGCUCAAGUACUGGAUCGCGGCACCGAGCACUACACAUACAAAUUGGUGAUUAAGGUUCAGGAUGGCUAUGCCAUUAAAUUUUACAAGAGCGAAAUCCUGCAAGAUCUUUCAGCACCUGGCGAGCCCCCCGUCCUCAACGUCGCCUACUUCAAGCCACUGUGAUUUCAUGCACGGAUAUAUGGUGCUCUUCCUCAAUAAACAGUACCGUCGUCAUCAAAUACUAGAGGUUCAGUUGAAUAUCAUAUAACUGGAAUAAACCGUGUGCCUCAUGGCCUGGCAACACCUACGUUUCGUUUGAAUGUGUUGGACGAAUAAGAAAAGCUAUUCUGUAAGAUGCCAUGUGUCUACAUAUAUAUUGAAAUAAUAGAUCUCAUAAUUGUCUUGCCGAAAAACUCAAGAACUUGCCUUGAAUUU